AGCAAUAUUCACAUUUUUUAUUCUUGUUUUGUUUAGCCAAUAUCAAAUGGAACAGAUGAUGAUUCGAAGAGUGAAUCAUCUCCUAUAUUUUCAGUAACUGAGCAGAGCCUCAUGUGCAGUGGAUGCACACAGGAAAUUCAGGACAGAUACUUACUGAAGGUGAAUGAUUUAUGGUGGCAUAUAGACUGUCUGGAGUGCUCCGUGUGCAGAACCUCUCUACACCAGCACAGCAGCUGCUUCAUCAGGAACCAGGAGAUAUUCUGUAAGAUGGAUUAUCACAGUAUGUUUGGUAUAAAGUGUGAUUGGUGUGGUCAUCACGUCAGCGCUACAGACUGGGUCCGCAGGGCUAAGAACCACAUCUAUCACCUGGCCUGCUUCGCCUGCUUCUCCUGUAAGAGGCAGCUGUCCACAGGAGAGGAGUUCGGUUUGGUGGACAGCAGGGUUCUGUGUCGUGUUCACUAUGACAUUGUGCUGGAGAGUAUGGCUGCUGAGCAAGGUUUAGGUCAGAAUGGAGUUUUACCUUCAGACUGUUUGUUGAAGCCUUCCAAAAGAGCCCGCACCUCCUUCACCUCGGAGCAGCUCCAGGUGAUGCAGAGACAGUACACCCAGGAUAACAACCCUGAUGCCCAGACUCUGCAGAAACUGGCAGACAUGACAGGACUGAGUCGAAGAGUCAUACAGGUUUGGUUUCAGAACUGCCGUGCAAGACACAAGAAGCACCCUGGCAUGAUGCUGGAUGAACUUCACUAUUCAUCUUUUAGAAAAGCUGAGACAUCACAGCUCUCAGACGAGCAUCAGUACAUCACUGAUGAAUCAUUCCCUCUGACAGCUGCCCAGAGCCUGGCCACGAUGGUUCCUCAUUCACCUCUCAGUUACCUGCAUGACGACUGAAUUAGCAACACAAACUCAGCAACAUAAUUAAUGUGUAUUAUAAAACCAAAUAUCAGUAUAUUUAAAGAGAAAUACUCUAUUAUACAUAAUAAAUUACUCAA